GGAAGCCGCCAAGCAAACGGAACCAACGGACCCGGCCGGAGCCGGAGCCGGAGCCGGAGCCGGCGCCGCGGCGGCAGUCGCCGGAGCUCCAACUCUUAAAGAACAGCUACCUCUUUGAGAAUUUGACAUCUGUGUCUGUGGAAGGAGUACGAACACUGAUAAAAUCACAGGUAGAAGAUGUCUAAGGAAAAAUGCCUUAAAAAAUCCUUUCAGGAUAGUCUGGAAGAUAUAAAGGAACGGAUGAAAGAGAAAAGAAACAAGCGAUUAGCCCAAAUUGGCAAACCCAAGCCCAUCCUGGCUGCAAAGUGCAAGAUACUCACCAACCCAUCUACGCAGUUGAAAAGUUACCAAGAGAACAAUAGAGCUCUAGCUUUAGCUUUAGAAAAUGAAAGAUCCAAAGUGAGAGAUGCCCAAGACACCAUCCUGAGUUUGAAGAAAGAAUGCCAAUACCUGAACCUUCAGCUGUUUGUAUUAAGAAGACAGCUGGCUUCACAGCAAGCAGAAGACUCUGCUCAGGCUAAACUGUCAACUUUGAGAGAUGUUAUUUGUAAGGUCACUCAGAAAUUGCUGGAGACAGCUGACCUUCUUAGCCCAGCUCAAGUUUUGUGUUCUACAGCUCUUAACCAGAGAAUAUGUACCUCAGAAAUGGAGGAAUGCUACAAUGAAGAUAUCUCCAGUGACUCAGCACUAAAUUAUUUACCGCAGCUUCCAACGUGUACACCCGUUCUGGAUGCCGACCUUCCAGCAAAAGCUGACUCAUUUCAAAUAGAAGGUUCACCUUCUGAAACUCAACAGUCAUUUCAUCUCAGCUUGAAGGAUGUCACCAAUAUCCAUCAAACUUCUGGUGCAAAAAGCAGAAAACAUUCCAUUCCAUUCAGCAAGAGUGAAGAAAGCUCUGCGCUGCCUCUGCAUAAGCGCAGGUGUACCCUCAGUGUGAAUUAUAAGGAGCCUACACUUACCACAAAACUGAGAAGAGGAGACCCAUUCACAGAUGUUUGCUUUUUGAAUUCUCCAAUUUUCAGACAGAAGAAGGACCCCAGACAACGCCGAUCUUCUAAAAAGCACUCGCUGUCCAAAUACGAUGAAGCUUUUGUUGGAUGUCGUUGAAAUUCAUCUUUCACCCUCUCGCUUGAGAAGAAUCGAUGGGGUUAUUGGGACAAGAGUAGGCAGAACUAUUAGCGUGAAAAGUUCUGCUAUAAAAAGCAUCGUAGUGCUUUAAAAACCUAUCUUCAAACAUUUGACAUUGAUUUUUUUUUCCUGUUGUAGAUAAAUAACUGGUCUUACCCUGUUUAAAGCUUAAAUGUAUUAUACUACCCAAAGCCCCUAGUUUAAAUGAAAAUUGUAUUUCCUGUAGUAAUUGUAGAGAAAAUGGUGGUGGUUAAUUAGACAAAUUAAAAUCUUUAAAUUAGUAACUUCAAACAUCUUUGUUUUCCCUGUGUAUGGGGAAUCAUAACUGUGAAAUGUCUGAAAAGACAGGUGAAGAGAAUCAUUCAAAACUCUCAAUUGUUCAAUUUCUUACCUGCUAACAGUAAGAUUUCUGGUCACUUUGUAUGAUUUGAUCAGUUUGACUUUUUGUAGCCUUGUAUAUAUCUGCUUAAACUUUUAAGAAAUCUGUUGCUGACUGUGUGCCAGAAGUAAUAAAAAGUUUUGUGACCUA